AACAUACCUAUAAACUUUGCCUGAACGGGUUUCCAACCGCUGCAAGAGGCAAAUAACAUCCUUUCUAGUUGGUUUGCUAUAAUUGAAGGUUAUCAGAGGUGUUGCGAGUGACAAUAGCCAGAACACAAAUCUAAGUUACCAUGAAGUCCACCUGCCUGAUCAUUCUGGUAUCUCUGGCAGUCUGCAACCUGACCGUGGCUCGAGGACAGAGCAUCCCCGAUCAAGAGAAAACGGGAGACCGGCAGAUAGACGACAUCAUCCUACAGAGGGCCGAGGGCAUCCUGCUCCGCUCCAUUCUAAAAAUGACAGAGGAUGAGGAUGGUGUGAAUGAGGCAUUGUCCUCUCAGCCAGAGUGGCUAGUGAAGCGGCAACACCCUGGUAAACGAGAGGAGGACGAGGACGAAGACUCAGGGGAGGUCCAGAAAAGACAGCACCCAGGAAAACGUGAAGACGAAAUUGACUCUUUUGUGGAGCUCCAGAAAACGCAGCAUCCAGGCAAGCGCUCAAUGCUGGAGCAGAUUACAGAGAACUCCGCAUUUCUAAGUGAACUCUCCAAACGGCAGCACCCGGGCAAGCGCUACCUGAUGAUGUACAGCAAGCGCCAGCAUCCUGGCAGGCGAGAUGUGGACGACGAGUCAGACGAAGGGGACCUCCAGGAGUUGGAGAAGCGCCAGCAUCCCGGCAAACGUUACUGGUAUAACAUGAGUCCGGAUUUGGGCGCCAACAGUCCCUGUGACGUGCUGGACCCUGGCUGCAGUAAAGCCAACCUGUUGCUCGAGCUGUUAGACAACGUGACAAAGAGUCGCGCCGCGGAGAAGAGACAGCACCCGGGCAAAAGGUCCGCACCUGACGAGGAUUUGACUGAACGGGAGUGACGAGUGGGCUGGCGCCUGCGAAAUACUGUGUUGUAAAAAAAAAAAUCUAUGUGUAAAUUGAUACAAGUAAUAAUUUCAAGUGAUUUAUUAUGAAUAUAAUAUGGACCCCUCUGCCAUGGGUAGUCUAUAGUUUAUUUGGCAAGCUGCUUUUAUGACGAAUAUUCAGAAAACGUCUCCAGAAAGUACUGAGAAAUGUUUAAAUGAGAUAUUAUUAUUUUUUUGUUGGGGGGGG